GCCUCCCCCGGCACCAUGAGCGGCGGCGGCGGCGGCGGGCGGGUGUGCGACCUGUCCCGGCGCAACCCCCAGGAGGACUUCGAGCUCAUCCAGCGCAUCGGCAGCGGCACCUACGGCGACGUCUACAAGGCCCGAAAUGUUAACACGAGUGAGCUAGCAGCAAUUAAAGUAAUAAAACUAGAACCAGGAGAAGAUUUUGCUGUUGUGCAGCAGGAAAUCAUUAUGAUGAAAGACUGUAAACAUCCAAACAUUGUUGCUUAUUUUGGCAGCUAUCUCAGACGAGACAAGCUCUGGAUUUGCAUGGAGUUUUGUGGAGGUGGCUCUCUACAGGAUAUUUAUCAUGUGACUGGACCACUUUCAGAACAGCAGAUUGCUUACGUUAGCAGAGAAACACUACAGGGACUAUAUUAUCUUCACAGUAAAGGAAAAAUGCACAGAGACAUUAAGGGAGCAAACAUUCUUUUAACGGACAAUGGACAUGUAAAAUUAGCUGAUUUUGGAGUGUCUGCACAGAUAACAGCUACAAUUGCCAAAAGGAAAUCUUUCAUUGGAACGCCAUAUUGGAUGGCACCAGAAGUUGCUGCAGUAGAAAGGAAAGGUGGAUAUAACCAACUGUGUGAUCUUUGGGCAGUUGGAAUAACUGCUAUAGAACUUGCUGAACUUCAGCCUCCUAUGUUUGACUUGCAUCCCAUGAGGGCACUCUUUCUAAUGACGAAAAGCAACUUCCAGCCUCCUAAGUUAAAGGACAAAAUGAAAUGGUCCAAUAGUUUCCAUCAUUUUGUGAAAAUGGCACUUACAAAAAACCCUAAAAAACGGCCUACAGCUGAAAAAUUACUACAGCAUCCUUUUGUUACCCAGCCCUUAAAUCGAAGUCUCGCUAUUGAACUCUUGGAUAAAAUGAACAAUCCUGAUCAUUCCACUUACCAUGAUUUUGAUGACGAUGAUCCUGAGCCUCUUCUAGUGCCUCAUCGAAUUCAUUCAACAAGCAGAAAUGUGAGAGAAGAGAAAACACGCUCUGAAAUAAACUUUGGUCAAGUAAAAUUUGAUCCACCCUUGCGAAAGGAGACAGAGCCACAUCAUGAAUUUCCUGACAGUAGCGAUUUUUUGGACAAUUCAGAAGAAAUAUACUACACUGCAAGAUCUAACCUGGAUCUGCAGCUAGAAUAUGGUCAUGGUCCUCAGGGUGGCUACUUCUUGGGUGCAAAUAAGAGUCUCUUAAAAUCGGUUGAAGAAGAGCUACAUCAGCGGGGACAUGUGGCACAUUUAGAAGAUGAUGAGGAUGAUGCAGACGAUGAUGCUAAACAUGCUACUAUGAAACCUAAAGUGCCACCUCCUUUGCCACCAAAGCCUAAAUCCAUCUUUAUUCCCCAAGAAACUCAUUCUUCUGAAAAUGAUAAUGAAGGGACAAUCAAAAGAUGCCCGUCAUCAGAGAGUCCAGCAAAAUCUGCAUCUCAGGUUCCGCCCAGGCCACCGCCACCUCGGUUACCUCCACAGAAAUCUCAUGUCUUAGGUAAUGGAGUCACUUCUGUSCAGUUAAAUGGUGAAAGAGAGGGAUCGCCACAUCAACAGAUUGAAGCUAGAGACAUGCAUUUUUCAAAGAAAGAAAAGAAGGAAAUACUGAAACCAAUUAGUAAUGGCCUUCCUCCCACGCCUAAAGUACAUAUGGGUGCUUGCUUCUCAAAGGUUUUCAAUGGCUGUCCCCUGAAAAUUCAUUGUGCAACAUCAUGGAUAAAUCCAGAUACAAGAGAUCAGUACUUGAUAUUUGGAGCAGAGGAAGGUAUUUACACACUGAACCUCAAUGAACUUCAUGAAACAUCAAUGGAGCAGCUAUUUCCUCGACGGUGUACAUGGUUGUAUGUCAUGAAUAAUUGUUUGUUAUCCAUAUCUGGUAAAGCUUCUCAGCUUUAUUCCCAUAAUUUACCAGGACUCUUUGAUUAUGCAAGGCAAAUGCAAAAGUUACCUGUUGCUAUUCCAGCACACAAACUCCCUGACAGAAUACUUCCCAGGAAGUUUGCAGUGUCUACAAAAAUUCCUGACACUAAGUGGUGUCAGAAAUGUUGUGUUGUGAGGAAUCCUUACACGGGUCACAAGUACCUUUGUGGAGCACUGCAGUCUAGCAUUGUUUUGUUAGAAUGGGUCGAACCAAUGCAGAAAUUUAUGCUCAUCAAGCACAUCGAUUUUCCUGUACCUUGUCCGCUGAGGUUGUUUGAAAUGCUAGUGGUCCCCGAGCAGGAAUUCCCUUUAGUUUGUGUUGGUGUCAGUAGAGGGAGAGACUUCAACCAAGUGGUGAAGUUUGAGACUGUCAACCCAAAUUCUACCUCCUCAUGGUUUACAGAAACAGACACUACAGAGACAAGUGUUGUACAUGUAACACAGCUGGAGAGAGAUACCAUUUUGGUGUGUUUGGAUUGCUGCAUAAAGAUAGUGAAUCUACAAGGCAGAUUAAAAUCCAGCCGCAAGCUGUCAUCGGAGCUCACGUUUGACUUUCAGAUUGAAUCAAUAGUCUGUCUACAAGACAGUGUGUUAGCCUUUUGGAAGCAUGGAAUGCAAGGAAGGAGUUUCAGAUCUAAUGAGAUCACACAAGAAAUUUCUGAUAAUACAAGGAUAUUCAGGCUUCUGGGAUCUGACAGGGUCGUGGUGCUGGAGAGUAGGCCAACAGAUAACCCAACAGCCAACAGCAAUCUAUAUAUCCUGGCAGGGCACGAGAACAGCUACUGAGACCGCUGCACGGCAACUCCCCGUGACGAGAUGACACUCCUGCUGCAGCACUCACAGCAGGCUGAAAAUGCACAAAAGCUGCAGCACCCCGACUUCAGUUACUUCCUAAUUUAUUGUGGCAUGAGAAGAUGAUGAGAAUUGUUUGUGGUAUGGACACAUUAGCAUUGAGAUACCACAGAAGUGCUUAAUUUACUGUUAUGUAAUCUUUGUACAUAGGCAGUAUUCUUCAGCAGAACUUCUUGCUGAAGACCCACAGUGACCUUAUGUAGAUAGUGGUCCUCCUGAUGAGUACAAGUGUCUUACCUGUACAGAUGUAAAAGUCACUGAGGAUGAUAAAAUGAAAUUGGGGUACUAUUUUAAGGACUUCUUGUGUUUAUUAUAAAGUGGGAUGCUAGCAACAAAUAUAGUACAUUUAACAACACUAUUGUAUUUUAUUAUAUGUAAUUUACUAAUACAAAUAAAUCUUAACCUUUAGGAAUUGUAACCAAGGCUGUAAUUGGAUUACAAUUUGGUUUUUAAUUUUGAUGCAACACACUGGUGUUCAUGUUUGCACAACGUAUUGAGAUGUGAUGUAUUUAGUCACAAAGGUAAGCUGUGACUUUGUGGAUAUGACUUGGGCUCCGGAUUUCCUUCUUUUUGGUUUACUUGAGUAGUUUUCUUUGUGAGACAAAAGAGUUAAACAUCUGUAUUUUUAUAUUUAAUUAAACCUCUCCUUACAAUAAUUUCUCUAUGCUUGAGAACAAUACUUCCUGAAUGGGUGUCAAUUCCCAAAAAGUGGUACCUUGCUGUAACACUGCAAUAGCUGUUUGAAUUACUUGUGUAUACAGUGGUUAAAGAUUAGCAUUACUGUUCAUCUUACUAAAUAGUUUCAUAUCACAGUGAAAAGUAGCAACAUUCCACACUGUGGAAAUAGCUCAAAGAUCUUGUCACUUUGACUUUUUUUGG